AUGUUUGAACAAGGCAUGUUUUCUGCCGCUCCUCUAGGGCUACAAGUACCCUUAUUCCCUCACAUCGACCUUCAAUCUCAUUCCACAUCUCCAAUCCAGUCAGUAAGCCCAUGUGUUCCCCAAAACAGCACGUCACCAUGUAACCUACCGGCUUUCUUUGGAGCUAAUAGUGAUGUCAGCAUGAUGUACCAAACUUUAUGUGCAAAAGAAAUGACGAGCAACAUGGAUAUGCUGCUUAAAAUUUUGCUGCAUAUGCAUUCGAAACAAGGGCAUGAAGCCGAGAUUAAACCGAUCCGAAAACACGCGUCGUCAAACGGGCGCCGUAGUCGGACCACCUUUACAACCGAGCAAAUCAACGAACUGGAGAACGUCUUCCAAGAAACACAGUACCCUGACGUGGUUGCUCGCGAACAACUAGCCCUAAAGACAAACUUGACCGAAGGCCGAAUUCAAGUUUGGUUCCAGAAUAGACGCGCCAAAGCACGAAAAGCCCAACGGUGUACUAGUUCAGCCAGCCAAGAGUUUGUAUGUUCUUCUGCUUCACCAUCCCCAACACAAAAGCUAGCGUUUCGCGUGGAAGACUUGGUACUUAGCAGCAAAUAA